AUGGAAGCUGCAUGGUUUGGAGCAGGUUAUGGGCACUAUCUGUAUCAAAAUACUUUCUUUCGAUAUGAGGGAGAAUGGAGAGAUGGGAAGAAACAUGGUCAUGGAAAAUUGUUAUUUAAGGAUGGAAGUUACUAUGAAGGCGAAUUUGUAAAUGGUGAGAUCAUAGGAAGGGGACAGCGUUACUGGGCAUCAUCAGGAAACACCUAUUCUGGGCAGUUUGUUUUAGGUGAACUUCAAGGACAAGGAAUAAUGAGGUACAAAGAUGGUGGAAAAUAUGAAGGGGAAUUUUCCCACGGAGUGAGAGAAGGGUAUGGGUCUCUCAUUGAUAAAAAUGGACAAGUUUACCAAGGCUCAUUUCAUGAAAAUAAAAAGCAUGGUGUGGGACAGAUGAUCUUCAACAAUGGCGAUAAAUAUGAAGGAGACUGGAUUCUGGACCAGCGACAGGGGCACGGGGUGCUGCACUCUGCAGACGGAUCGACUUACGAGGGACAGUGGCGAAAUGGUGUAUUCAAUGGCCAAGGCCUCAUGAUUCAUUGCUCUGGCAUCAUCUAUGAGGGACUGUGGAUCAAUGGCUAUCCAGCAAUUCAAGCCUCAAAGAUUGUGAUUUUGGGUCCGAAGGUGAUUAAGGUCGUGCAGGGUUCUUCGAUCACCGUGAGGGUUCAGCUCCAGACGGACGAUGGGGAAAUUGUUGAAAGUGAGAGUGGCCGAGCUUUAAAGAUCCAGGCUGGGGUGCGAUACGUACAGCUGCCGGCUUUCUCGAAUUUCGGUUUUUUCAAGGUGACUGGAGAUGCUGAGGUGAAACUCAUCCAAACUCCCUUUGGAUUUGAGUGCAUUGACUAUCCUUUGAUGCCUCCUGUGUCUGGAGGACCAGAGAUGGAAGCUUUGGAAUCUGAAUGUCCUCAAGAUGCCCCAAAGGAAGAUUUGGAGCGGGAAUCUCUAUUGGAAUCCCUAUUGUAUCGUACAACAGCUGACUCCGACGACCUGGAUGCAGCAGAUGCACCAUGCCUGGCGGCUGCUGCUCUCCAGGAGAGGCAAGGCCAUCCUUGGUUCACACACCUCGCCCGCACGCCUCCUGCAAACAUUGUCUCACCUGGGGAGCUACGGCUCACAGUCACGGUUCAGAGUUGGAAGGACCUCAGAGGCCACCGCGUCCAACCUGCCCCCGACCAGAAACCUGUGCUGUGA